AUGUUAUGUCACAUCACCUGUAGGUGGCGGCUGCUGUCCGUGGUGCUGACAUGUUGUUCCUCUCCACGCCUGCAGGGGGCGACGGAGCGGCGCGCGUGCUACUACAUUAUCACGCGUAGAAGAAGCGGAAACGUGAGCAGCAGCAGUGAAAACAUGGCAGCGCCCGUUACUAGUGCAGCUCGUCUCUGUCGCCUGGCAGGACGGACUGUAGCCUCCCUGACAGCCAGACACAGGCAAGGGGUCAGCCUGCCAGUGAGGAGAUGCUACGUAUCCACCUCGACGGGGAGCAAUCUGCAGUUCAAGCUUGAUGAGAGAACGGCUCACAGCAGUCUGGACCUCUUCAAGAAAGACACUGGUGUCAUCUACCGCAUGCUGGGUCUGGACCCCAGCCAUGUGCAAGACAACCCCGAGCGUUUCCGAGACUGGGCGGUUGUGUUUGGCAACGAGAAGAUCAGCAGUGGACGACACUACUGGGAAGUGACGGUCAAAAAGUCUCAGGAGUUUCGUGUAGGCGUUGCUGAAGCGCUGAUGUGCCGGAACGACUGCGUGGGCACCAACAGCUCCUCCUGGGUGUUCGGCUACGCUCAGCGCAAGUGGUUCGCCAUGACCAGCAACAAGAUGGUUCCCGUGACGCUGGUGGGCAAGCCGGACCGUCUAGGCAUCCUAGUUGACUAUGAAGCAGGCCUUCUGGGGCUGGUGGACAUUGAGAAGCCCAGGAUCAUUCACUCCAUCCGAGUCCAGUUCAAGACUCCCAUCUGCCCUGCGUUUGGACUUUGGGACGGGGAGAUGCUCACACACUCUGGUCUGGAAGAGCCUGAAGGCCUGGAGAAGUGAAGCAUCUUUUGAAUAGUAAUGGUGAUGAUGAUGAUGAUUGUAAUGGCCGUGAAACGUAGCUGUGGCAACGCUCAUCACAUCAGUAUCUUUAAAAAGUGAGCAGGAAACAAAGCAAUAUCUGUGUGGGGAAUCAUAUACAGCUUAAUUACAGGUAAAUUUUCCGUGGUCCAAUUGGUACAUUAUCAUGACUCUUAACAAUGCAAGUUCAUACUUUGUGUAUGUCAUCCAGCCUCAGGCAUGUAUCACAGAAGCUGUUUUUGUGUGUACCUCAUGUAUUACCUCUCAGACUAACUGAUGUUAAAAGGUUGUGUGUGUGUGUGUGUGUGUGUUUUUGAGAUGAGCAUUAACUGCCAAGUUGUUCUUUUAUACUUCUGUUCACAGUUACAAAGCUUAAAUCAACACAAAACCUUUUUGGGACUCAUGUUCAUACUGUAUAUUGUUUUAAUAAAAUAACUUUCACAUUU